AUGGCCAUGCUCGCCCUCUCCUCCCGCCCCCUGACCUCCUCCGCCUUCCUCCACUCGAGGCCGCGCGCGCUCCACCUCCACCGCCUCCUCCUCCCCAAACCCCUCUCCUCCGCCUCCCCACUCACGCCGCCGAUUCCCCGCGUGGACCCCACCUCCACCCCGCCCCCGGACGCGGACCCCACCCCGCUCUUCCUCCGCCCAGCGUCCCACCGUGUUCCGCCCGCCGCCCUCGCCGCGUUCUGCCGCCGCGCGGCCGCGCUCGUCCCGCCCUCCGCGCCCCACCUCCACCGCCACCUCUGCUGGCUCGUCGCCGACGCCACCGCCACCACCUCCUCCUCCUCCGCCGCCUCCGACGGCCCGGUGCUCCUCCGCGCGCCGCUCGAGGACCUCGAGGCCCUGUGGCUGCGGCACGUCUGGGAGCGCACGCCGUUCCAGUACGUGGUCGGGAACGAGCACUGGUGGGACCUGGUGGUCACCGUCGCGGAGGGCGUCCUCAUCCCGCGCCCCGAGACGGAGGCCGUCGUCGACGUGGUGCGCGCCGUCGAGGGAUUCGCCGACGGGUGGUGGGCCGACCUCGGCACCGGGAGCGGUGCCAUCGCCGUGGCUGUGGCGAGGGAGCUCGGUGCCGGAGGGAGGGUGUUCGCCACGGAUGUCAGCGAGGUGGCCAUCGACGUCGCCAGGCUAAACGUCCAUAGGUACGGGGUGCAGGAUAAAGUUGAAAGAAGGCAUGGCUCAUGGUUUGAACCUCUGGAAGAUUUGAAAGGAAAACUUAUGGGUGUGAUUAGUAACCCUCCUUACAUACCAACCGAUGACCUACCUGGUCUGCAACCUGAGGUUGGUUGGCAUGAACCAAAGUUGGUGCUUGAUGGUGACAAGGAUGGCCUUGAGCAUCUGUUCCAUCUCUGUGAAGGGUUAUCCUCAGUUCUGAAACCUGGGGGUUUCUUUGUUUUUGAGACAAAUGGCGACAAACAGUCUGAGUUCCUUGUUGAUUUGAUAAGCACAAAGUGGAGUUCUUCUUUUCACAAUGUCAAAACAGUUUUAGACUUUGCAGAGAUCAAGCGUUUUGUAACGGGAUAUCGAAGAUGA